AUGUCCAUGGCCGCAAUCCCCCUCGUCACCCCCGCCGCAAUCCCCUCCUCGAACCCCGAAUCAGCAGCCCUCAAAGCGCACCACCCCAAACCAGGCUCCAAACGCUUCGAGAAUCCGUGGGAUUCAUUUACCGAUCACUCGCUCUGGGAUUUCUUCAAGUCCCGGUUCUUCUACGGUACAGAAUGGCCGCGGCAUCCAAUCCCGACGCCCGAGGAGGGUCUUGUCUCUGUUACGCGAGAUAUUGACUGGGAGGGGCCGGAGGGGGAGAGAGAGAAGGCGAGAGCGGUAUGGCUUGGGCACGCGUGUUUCUGGCUCAAGUUCCCUGCGCAUGGAGGGGAGAGGGGGUUGAGGGUGUUGUUUGAUCCGGUUUUCUCGGAUAGAUGUUCCCCGUUCUCGUUCAUGGGUCCGAAACGCUACACCCCGCCGCCUUGUCCCAUCUCCGCAGUCCCGACACCUGACGCGGUGGUGAUCUCGCAUAACCACUACGACCACCUCGACGUCGCGACGAUCACAUAUCUCCGCGAUAACACCUCGUGUCAAUUCUUCAUUCCCCUCGGUAACAAACAAUGGCUCCUCGACUCCAAGAUCCCCGGGUCACGAAUUCAGGAACUUGAUUGGUGGGAUGAACUCGAUCUCUCCGUCGAGGGCGUAGGGAGUGCCCGUGUGGGCUGCCUUCCCGCACAGCACUUUACUGGACGUGGGUUGGGAGAUCGAUACCACACCCUCUGGGCAUCCUGGCAAAUUCGUGACCUCACCGGCCCCAAGGGUGCAAAUAUCUAUUUCGCUGGCGAUACAGGCUACCGCGCAGUCCCCCGCCCCACCGACCCCACGGACCCAAUCGACUCCAUGGCCACCUCCAAACAAAACAAGGAAAAAUUCCAGUCCCUCCCAACAUGUCCUGCAUUCCGCGAAAUAGGAAACCACCGCGGUCCCUUCGAUCUCGCACUCAUCCCAGUCGGCGCCUACGACCCCCGGUACCUCAUGUCCCCCGUCCACUGUUCGCCCGAGGAUGCGGUAGAGGUGUUUAGGGACGUGCGAGCGAGGAAGGCCGUUGGGAUGCAUUGGGGAGCGUGGGUGUUGACGAGUGAGGAGGUUAUGGAGCCGGUUGGGAGGUUGAGGGAGGCGAUGAGGGGGGUGGAGGGGGAGUUUGGGGUUGUGGGGAUUGGGGAGGGGGUUGAUGUGGAGUAG